CAGAAACAGAAAAAGACAGGUUAGAUUAAUUUGUUUUGAAUUUAAAUAUUGAGGAAGGAACAAAUUUUCAAUUUUCUUUCUCCCUAGGAUAUCACGGAAGUGAUAGGUGAGACUCGAGAGUAAAUUUGGGUUGAGAAUGGUAGACAAAAGAGUUCCAGUGAAAAUGGAAGGCACUGAUUUCACACAAAUAUUCAUUGCCGUUUUUGUUGUGGUGAUAACAUUGGUUAUAAUUGCUCUUUAUAAACGCAGUAAGAGUUCCAGGCGAGGUAUUCUCUUAACGGGUCUAUGUGAUAGUGGAAAAACCCUGAUAUUUUCACAGCUAAUCCACAAUAAGAAUGUACAGACUCAUACUUCAAUAAAAGAAAAUAUCGCCAACUACAUCAGCUCUAACAAUGGAGUUUUGAAAGUUGUGGAUAUUCCUGGACAUGAAAGAUUAAGAAACAAGUUCUUUGACCAGCAUAAAGAAGUUACUAAAGGCAUUGUCUAUGUUGUGGAUUCUUCAACAUUGACACAGGACAUAAGGGAUGCUGCAGAAUUCUUGUACAACAUAUUGAUUGACCCUGUUAUACAGAAGAAUCGUCCCAACUUGCUCAUCUUGUGCAAUAAGCAAGAUCAGACAUUUGCUAAGGGAGGAUCUGCUAUCAAAUCAAUUUUUGAAAAGGAAUUGAACACUCUGCGCAUAACUAAAUCAAGCCAACUGGAAUCUGUGGACCCCAAUGUUAAGAAUGCUGCUAAGUUGGGAAACUCCAAUGAAGAUUUUGACUUUGCUGCUCUACCCAUGAAAGUGGAUAUUGCUGAAAGUUAUGCAUUCCACAAGAAUGGAAUGGUUGAUAUUGAAGGAUUGAAGAAAUGGUUGGCUAGACAGGUUUAGGUCAACAGAGGAUCUUGUUUCACCAUCAACUUAUUUUGAAAUUUGUUGUUGUAUGAUGUUUUGUAUAAUGGUUUCUCUUUUCUAUUUAUAGGUAUGUGAGACUGGUAUAUUGUUUUUUACUUGAAUGCAUCAAUUCUAUGUGUAAAUAUAAGAAUGUUUUUCUAAUAAUUAUAGUUUAUUAUGAAUUGGUCUAGGAAUUCCAGGAUGUAGGACACAUAUUUUACAGAAAUUCUUAGAUUACUACAUGCAAUCAUUCCACUAUUUUGCAAUACUAUGACAACACCCUACAUAGUUGAUUGAUUCUCAACUAGGGCAUAUUAUGGGUAAAAAUAAAACGUUUCUCAAAUUAUAAAUAUGAAUAUAUUAUAAAUUCAACAGAACAUUCAUAAAUAGUACAAGUCAUCUAAAACAGGCACAUUUAUACAGUAGGUAAGUAUUAAAAAUUUCUUAUUGAUUUAAGAAAACACUGAUCUUUGAUCACAGUGUUUAGAAUUUGAUUAGAACCUUGUUUAUUUAUGAACUAAUGUUAUUUUGCUGCUGCCGCCGCUUCUAAUUCCUGUUCCACGAUUUUUCUGUACUCAUCAAAACCACCCUCUAUGCUGGAUACUGACCCGUUACCACACACCCACAGCUCAUUGCAGACCAUUCUUAUAAGCCUUUCGUCAUGGGAAACCAAAAUGACACCUCC